AUGGCGCAUGAGCAAGAUUUCCCGGAGAUCCAGGGCGGCGGCUCCCUCAUUCUCGCCUGGCAGAUCCGCAACAAGCGUGUGCUCGUCGUCGGCGGCGGCGAGGUCGCCGCUGGCCGCAUCGUGAACGUUCUCAACGCCGACGCCAACAUCACCGUCGUUUCCCCGCGCGAAGGCCUCAAUCCAGAGGUCGCCUACCGAAUCGAGCAGAAGCAAGUCGACUAUGUCGACCGCAAGUUCGAGCCCUCCGACCUCGAGGGCGUCGACAUGGUCAUGACCGCCGUCGACGACCCGGAGGCCUCGUCGCAGAUCUGGAAGCUGUGCAAGGAGAAGAGGAUAGCAGCCAACAUUGCCGAUGUGCCGCCAGAGUGCGACUUUUACUUUGGCAGUGUGCACCGCGACGGGCCCCUCCAGAUCAUGGUCAGCACAAACGGCAAGGGCCCAAAGCUGGCAAACAUCGUGAGGCGCCAAAUCGCUGCCAACCUGCCGCCCAACAUUGGCAUGGCCAUCACAAGAGUAGGCAUGCUGCGCAAGAAGCUGAGGCAGGUCGCGCCCGACAUCUCAGAGGGGCCGAAGCGGAUGCAGUGGAUGAUCAAAGUAUGCGAGGCGUACUCUCUUGACGAUCUCUGCUCUAUGACCGAGAGAGACAUGGAGCAGCUCCUUGGCUUCUACAAGCCCAACGCGGCACCCAGCCUUGAUCUGCUUCGUCUGCAGGAGCCAGAUGGUGCAUUCGAUGGGCCUUUCCUCAUCUAA